UCACACGAUAUGAUGUAACCCCCUUUGUACGGGAGCUCCCUCUCGAUAGCAAACUAGCAUAUGCUCUUCCGCCCAUAUCUUCUUCACCACCAAACCGAAUAUCCCUUCAAUCCACUUCACAUAAAUCCCCCUUCACUUCCCCAUUCCACAUGAUCUGUUCACCAUCAUGACAACUUCUUCAAUUUCCUUAAACCUAAACCCCCCCUCUCUGUCUUCACCCCCACCAUCAUCUUCUUCUUCUUCCUCCAUUGCUGCAACUUCAAGAAUCUCUUGUUUCCACUCUUUUUCAACAAAACCCAUAUGUUUUACCCCUCAAGCUUUAAACUUUAGACCAAGAACAAGAAAACCCAUUUGCAGUUCUUCGGUUAAAGAUCCCUUAACAACUGAAGAAUUGAGUAAAGAAGAUGAAGAGGGUCCCCCUUCUCAGGUUGAAUCCGAAGUUACUACUAAACCUAGACGUAUUGUUCUCUUUGUUGAGCCCUCUCCCUUUGCGUAUGUUUCAGGGUACAAGAAUCGGUUCCAGAACUUCAUUAAAUAUCUACGUGAGAUGGGAGACGAGGUGAUGGUUGUAACAACUCAUGAAGGGGUUCCUCAAGAGUUCCACGGAGCAAAAUUGAUUGGCUCGCGAAGCUUUCCUUGCCCAUGGUACCAAAAGGUGCCACUUUCACUUGCAUUGAGUCCCAGAAUAAUCAACGAGGUUAAACAUUUUAAGCCAGACAUCAUCCAUGCAUCAUCUCCGGGCAUUAUGGUUUUCGGUGCACUCGCUAUCGCCAAAAUGUUGUGUGUUCCUAUCGUUAUGUCAUAUCACACACACGUGCCUGUUUACAUACCAAGAUACACAUUUAGCUGGCUAGUUAAGCCUAUGUGGUUAGUUAUAAAGUUUCUUCAUAGGGCAGCUGAUCUCACAUUAGUGCCAUCGGCUGCAAUUGCAAAGGAUCUCCGACAAGCACGAGUGACAGCCGCUAAUAAAAUCCGUCUAUGGAACAAGGGCGUCGAUUCAGAAAGUUUCCAUCCCAGAUUCCGUUCUCAUGAAAUGCGAGUUAGGUUAACGAAUGGUGAACCAGACCGGCCAUUGAUAGUACAUGUUGGGCGUAUUGGUGUCGAGAAGAGCUUAGAUUUCCUUAAAGGUGUAAUGGAAAAGAUCCCAGAAGCAAGGAUAGCUUUCAUUGGUGACGGUCCGUAUAGGGAAGAUUUAGAGAAACUAUUUGAAGGCAUGCCAGUUGUAUUCACGGGAAUGUUACAAGGCGAAGAGUUAUCUCAAGCAUACGCGAGUGGUGAUGUUUUUGUAAUGCCAUCGGAAUCCGAAACCCUCGGGUUUGUCGUGUUGGAAGCCAUGUCAUCGGGGCUGCCCGUGGUAGCUGCCCGAGCUGGCGGUAUACCCGAUAUUAUCCCCGAAGAACAAGAGGGAAAAACUGGGUAUCUCUACACUCCUGGAGAUCUUGAUGACUGCUUAAACAAACUGGUCCCGCUCUUACACGAUGCCAAGUUACGGGAAAGUAUCGGGCAGGCUGCCCGAAUGGAAAUGGAGAAGUUUGAUUGGCGGGCAGCCACGAAAGUUAUUCGUAACCAACAGUAUAAUGCUGCGAUAUGGUUUUGGAGGAAGAAAAGAGCGCAGCUACUGAAACCGUUGCAAUGGAUGGUAAAACUGUUAACACCCACACAUAGGAAGUUGGUAGCAGGUGAUUUGUGAUUUAAUGAUUUAUGAUGUGUUAACUGUUAAUGAUUUUAUUGAUUAUGAUAAUUUAUAUGAUACUAUGAUAGUAUGAUGUGGACUGUGGAGUAUUAGAACUUCAUUAAGUGACCCGGCCCGGCCCAUUACGUAUAUUGAAAUGAAAACAUCAGAGAUACUUUAAUAAGAA